UUUGGAAAACUACAAUUCGGUUUAAAACCCUAAAAGCAACUCCCACCACCAUGUCCGAAUGAACACUCCAAAACCCUAACCCUGCGUUCUGCGCUGAUCACGCCCCCGCCCCUCCUCUCUUCCUUCUUCUACUUCUACCACCCUCAGCAGCUCAACCUCGCCCAUGGUGAUGGCUGACACUGAUGACGUCAAUGUCAGUGGUCCCAAAUCCCCCUGGAAGACUCCGCUCGCCAUCGAAGAAGAAGCUCCCUUCAAUGGCAUCGCUGCCGACUCCUGGCCUGCUCUCGCUGACGCCCAGUCCCAUAGGUCCAAGACUCCUGACCUUCCCUCUCCUCUGCAUCCUCCUCCUCAGGGAUUAAUCUCGCAGCAAAAGACGAAUCGACCCGGAAACUCUAAUGCUUCGCACAAGCAUUCGGCAUUACAACAUCAAAAGACAGGUGCUAAACGCAAUCCAAAUGUUGCACCUCCUUUUCCAGUACCCUUACCUUAUCACCAACCACCUCUUCCACCUGUUUUUCAUACUAUGGUACAUCCACCACACAUUGCUGCUUCUGGUUAUGCUUUCCAGCCGUACCCUGGACCCAUUACAAAUGUUGAAAAUCAUUUAGUGAAAUCUGGAUCUGAGACCCCAGUGCAAGGGUUUGUGCAACCACUCCAUCCUCAACCGCGAGGUAAUCCACAUGCGUAUGGUGUCAAUUUUUCUUCUAGAAGACCCAAUAUGCAGGAGCCUGGUGGGCCUGGUGGCCAAUGGAAUCAAGCGUGGUAUCUGCAACAGCCACUUAAUCCCAGAGAGAACAUUCCUAUGCAACAGGGUGUCGGACCUAGGCCUUUCUUAAGACCUCAAUUUUUUGGUCCAGCUCCAGGGUUUAUGGUUGGCCCAGGCAUUCCAGGACCUGUCCCCAUGUGUUAUGUGCCAGUUCCACCGACUGGUGCAAUUAGGGGACCUCAACCUCCUCACUUUAUGCCACAUCCUUUGAAUCCAGGGGCUCCAUUACUACACAUUGAGACACGUCCGGUAUCUUUGAGGGAUAAUAUUAUAAAACAAAUAGAGUAUUAUUUUAGUGAUGUAAACCUAAAGAAUGACAAGUACUUAAUUUCAUUGAUGGAUGACCAAGGGUGGGUGCCGAUUGCCACUAUUGCUGACUUUAAAAGGGUUAAGAAGAUGUGUACAGACAUAGCAUUUAUUCUCGACUCGCUGCUGGGUUCAGCUACCGUAGAAGUGCAGGGCAACAAGAUACGGAGACGAGUUGAGUGGUCCAAGUGGAUAGCAACUUCUACAGACUCUACAUCAACAUCAAAACCGGUUCAACUUGAACAUAUGGCAAUUGAUAUUUUAGAGAAUAGUGAUGCCAGUGGUGAUGGAAACACAAUUAGUGAAAAGAAUGUCGGAGUUUCAUCUAGUGUAAAGGAUUUGAGGGAGGACAAGCCAUCGAAAACCGACCAUGGCCUUGAUAGUUUUAAAGUUGAUGGUAGAUUACCACACUUGACUUCGAAUAAUGCUGAUAAAAUUCGAAAACCUACUGCAAAAUUAAAUAAGUUGUCAUAUCAUAAAACCAAAAAUUGCUCAGAUUUCCCUGACCGGUCUGAGGAAAAGGAACCUUCAGAUAUGGAUACGAAGAAUCUCGGUGGUCUGGCAAGUGAUUUUGCAAACACAUUUAUGCUUGAUGAAGAGCUAGAGCUUGAACAUAAAACAAUAAAGAAUGAUGAUCUCCCUUCUGGUAGAAGGGUUGAUGACGAAGAUGAUGAGAUUGUAGUCCAUGAUCAGGAUGUCCAGAGACUUGUAAUUGUUACCAGGAACUGCAUGGUAGAUGAAGGAUCCAAAACUGAUGAUAAGGAAUCAAAAAUCAUUUCCAAUGAGCUUGCUUCUGCUAUAAACGAAGGCCUUUAUUUCUAUGAGCAGGAACUAAAAACCAAGCGUUCAAACCAUAAAAAGAACUCCAGUUACGAAAAUAGUGAUGCAAGCUCAAGAGUUUCAAGUUUUUCCAAAGGGUUUUCAAAUUUGAAGCGUUCUGAAGUAUCUGGAAGUAAUACUGUUAUCAAAGAGUCUGUAAAUGCUAAUUCCCGAAAGAAGCAAAUCAAGAACUCCCAGAAUCAACAAUCAUCCCAUAGACAGCGAUUCUUCUCGAGUAACUUCAGGAAUUAUGGAACUGGUUGCAACUCUCUUGGGAUCGUAUCUGAAAGCCCACCAAGUAACUCAGUUGGAUUUUUCUUUAGUUCCACACCUCCUGAAAAUCAUCGUCCAAGGUCUUCCAAGUUGAGUAUUUCUCCCCAUGGAGUUCUCUUAGGAAGCAGUCCACCUGUGGGUUCCGUGCCAAAGUCAUUUCCGCCAUUUCAGCAUCCAAGUCAUCAGCUUCUAGAAGAAAAUGGAUUUAAACAGCAGAAGUACCUAAAGUAUCACAAGCGGUGCCUAAAUGACAGAAAGAAGUUGGGAAUUGGUUGCAGUGAGGAAAUGAAUACUCUAUACAGAUUUUGGUCUUAUUUCCUAAGAAAUAUGUUCAACUGCUCGAUGUACAAUGAGUUCCGGAAAUAUGCACUUGAAGACGCUGCUGCUAGCUAUCAUUAUGGAGUAGAGUGCCUUUUCAGAUUUUAUAGUUAUGGGUUGGAGAAAGAAUUUAGAGAUGACCUGUAUGAUGACUUUGAAAAGCUGACUCUGGAGUUUUACCAUAAAGGAGAUCUCUAUGGACUGGAAAAAUAUUGGGCAUUUCAUCAUUAUAGGGAGAAACGGGGUCAGAAGGAGCCUCUUAGAAAAAAUCAAGAAUUGGAUCACUUGCUUAGGGAAGUAUACCGUAGCUUGGAUGAUUUCCGUGCCAAAGAGAGAACUACAAUGGCAAUGACUACUAUGACAGAGAGCAGUCACUAGGAGAAAGUAGUAAUGCCAUAAUCCCGUAAUGAAAGCCCUGGCGAUGAUGUUGAUUUGAUGCCAUCCCAAUUUUGAAAGAUAAAUCUGAUAGCUUUAACAAAGAAGUCAGUUUGCUGCUAUUUUUGUUUCGAGCGCAUGGAGAUGGCUUCUGUAUGAUAAGCAUUUGAUGGAUUUCACUUCACUCACAGCCUACUGCUGGUUUUUUGUGAAGGAUUUUCUGGCUCCUUGGCUCCAUCUUUUAUUGGAGUUAUCUGGGCUUGAAGAGGGUGGGGGCCUCCUUUGUCAGUUCAAGCCUUCUCUGAAUUGUUGUUGUACAUAGUUAAGUUUUCCAUCUUUUCUGUUGAGGGGAAAAAAAAAUACAGGAGCGAAACACAGGGAUACGAUGGAAGAAACCUGAAUAAGGAAGAAGAGGAAGUUGUAGUCUGUACCAUUUGACCAAUAAGUGCUGAAAUUGAAUUUCUUUUAGAAAUUUGCUGUUUCCGUCAUUAAUUAUAUUAUCCCAUGUAGCUUUUGUUUGCAGUCGGUUGUUUGUUUCG